GUCAAAUGUCAAAUCCAUUCUCUAUCUUUCAAAAAAUUCUAAAAAAGAAAAUAGCUCGUGUUCAAAUUUAACAAAUUACCAAAAAUGGCAAACGACCCCAAAAAGAAUGAUAAGAAAGCCGGUAAGGGUGUAGACCCUCAAGAAAUUUUAGCGGGAUUUCAGACUCUCCGUGCAGACCAGCAGAAACUAUCAAGUAAACUUUCGGAGCUAGAGUUAGAUCAAAAUGAACACAAGAUAGUGAUAGAGACCCUAAAAAACGUCAACGAAGACCGAAAAUGUUUCCGUUUAGUUGGGGGUAUUUUGACAGAAAGAAAAGUCAAAGAUGUCCUGCCUGUCCUUCAAUCGAACUCAGAAAAACUGGGAGAAAUAAUUGAAAAGUUAAGUGAACAAAUCACCAAAAAAGGCCAAGAACUCAAUGAGUAUAAAGAGAAGUAUAACAUAAGAUUUAGAGGUUUAGACAAUCCCAAAGAAGAUGCAGAACCCAGGAAUCCAGAAGGCGGGGAGUCAUCUAGAGGGAAUGUCCUAGUUUCUUAACAGUUGCACUAAUUAUGUGAGGUUAGAUUUGCUUUAAUUUCAUUUCAAAAACUCUUGAUGAUAAGUGAUGAAUCUAAUAAUUAAUUUUACAUCAAACACCAGAAUGUUAAACUUAGCAAUAGUUAUUAUUAAAAUAUUUUUAUUUCUGUAAUUGUACAUAAUGAAGAAGUGGCAUUUAAUAUAACAUAACAUUUUUGGCAAAAACUUAUUGCUAUUGCAAAAUUUUAAACUAUGCAACAUGGUUUGUUUACUUAUUGAGCUUCUUUAUUGCAUUUACAUUCUUUGUAAAAAGAUGAGUUAAUUAACAAUAAAAACCUUUUUAUGA